AUGCAGAAGAAAGCAACUGUGUAUGAUCUUCUCAUUCAGGGAGCCGUUAUUGUCAAAAAGUUGUCACCUUUCGCUUCGAUUUCGAUGGAGUCGGCAACCCAGGAAACUCGGGUGGAACAGAUUGAUUUCUUCAAGCGAGAAGGCAAAACUACUCCGCAUUUUCUUCACCGAUUCUUUCCCGAGAAGCCAGCCAACUCUGAGUCAUCCCACAAUGUGAAACAAUUAAACCUUUCCCUCGAUCUUUCUAUGGAUGGGUUCUAUAGUCAAAAUGCAGAAGAAGUGCCUUUGACGAGGUCGUCAACCAUUCCUGGAGAUCUCACCCUCAUGGCUGAUAAUGGGGUUCGUUGGAAUUCCUCUAAUUCUUUGUAUAGGUCCUCUUCCCUUCCCGUGGAGGCUGAGAGGGCUCUUCUGAGGUUUGGGGAUUUGCAGACGAUGAGAAGGGCUGAGACUGGGAGGAGAUGGCUCCAAGAGCGGAUGAGGAAAGCGGCGGAGGCUGCGGCGGCGAGAAAGUUUGGUGCGGCUGUUGGUGCUUCAAAGGUUCCUGCAACUUCUCCUGCCGCUGUCAAGCUCACGAUACUGGAAAAUCCUUCCGUGGCUUCAUCAAAGCAUGAAGGCUUGUUCGUUAAUGGUCCAUAUGGCAUGCCCUACACAGGCCAGAGAGGUUUGGCUGGAGUUGGGGCCAAUCCCAACUUCCAGACAUCAUCCAACAGGGGCAAAGAGAUCAUGUUUUAUCCGAAACCAAUGGCUAGGGUUUUGCCACCAAGGCCUGCUGAUACCAGACUGGAGAAUCGACCGAAAAGGCCUAAGCUUAGGCCUUUGGAACCCUGCAGUCUUAGAUAUGAAGAUUUGGCAGUCCUUAGCAAAAUGCCGACUGUGACUACCACCGGAGAUGGCCCCGGCGGGAAGAGAAUACGGGGCUUUCUAUAUACUUAUAGGGGAGGCCAAGUCAGCAUCGUCUGUGUCUGCCAUGGCAAGUUUCUGACUCCAGAGGAAUUCGUGAGGCAUGCUGGCGGCAAGGAUGUGGCCAAUCCCAUGAAGCAUAUCACUGUCUGUUCCAACCCCUUUUAA